CCUGCGACUGCUGCAAUUUGCUGGGAAGAACAGGGGAGCAAAUUUGGACCCAGCUUCGAGUGGCUAACUACACUGGAGAAUUAAAUACAACUAUCAUGUGCUUGAUGUGAAACUUGAUUUUUUUCUUCAUUUUGCAACCAAAUAAGCUUUUUUUUUUUUUUUUUUUUGACCUGAAAAGGCUCCUUUUUCAUCUUCUCCUACACCCACAGAGGUAAUGCUGCAAACAGUCUGCAUGAGUCCUGAACUACUGGUCAAUCAAAACAGCAGUGAAAAUGAAACCUGUAGCUAUAGCCCAGGCCAGGGAUCUCCACUGCCUGGAGAAACUGCCAGCCCCAAAAACUCUUUUCAACAAAGCCCAUCGUUGCCAGACUCUGGAUUAACUGAACUUAAUAUUGCGAGCCCAGAGAUCUACCCUACACCUCCACAUAAACCGCAAGAGAUGUCUGCUCCCGCUGAGCCUGCACUCAGCUCCAACCCCCCUCAGAAGCGUUAUAUGGGCGUGAGGGUGAAGAUGCCGGUACGGGAGCUACUGAAAAAAAUCCGGCUUUCCAAAGGCCUGGAGCCAGCUCAGAGCAAGGAAGCCUCAUUAGCGAAGAUGGCAACCAGAGGAUCCUCAGGAAAAGCAGCAGAAAAGAGAAGAGUUCACCCUUAUACAGAGAAACAGCUUAGACAGAGCAAGCAGAGCAUUGGGCAAACGCUAAAAGGCUUAGAGGACCUUGAUAUCCUGGUAGAGGUGCUGCAGGAAGACUUGAACAAAAGCCAACUGAAGAAGGAGUCUCUGUGCUCGGUGCCCGAUGGCUUUGGGCAGGGCUUCUCCACGGACCUGCAAGCCUCUCGGUGGGAAAGCAGGGGAAGCAAGCAGGCGGCUGGUGGCCUGCAGGAGAGGCGCCACGGCUUCACCAAGUUGCAGUCCCAGUGCUGUUUUAAAGAGCACAGCUCAGCCGUGCAGGAAGAGGUACAGACUUCUUUUCACGAUGGUCAGAAAAACGUGCAAGAGCCCAGCUCGCAAGGAACCUUCCCAAGGACAAGUGAGAAAGAGAGCAGCUGGUGGGUGCAGGACACACGUGCCAGUACCCAGAAGGAUUUCUGGAGACACCCUGCACAGAACCCAUCUCCCUGCUUUAACCCAUCAGGACACUACCCGGAGGCAUUUCUGGAAGCUAACGCGGGCUCUCCAGACGCUGGGGGACAUGUGAAGUUGACCUCGACUUCCUUCACACAGCAGGAUCUCUCUGCCAUCUCUUUCUUCCAGUUCCAGCUACACAGGGAAGAAAGUUUGCUGAGAAACAUUCCAGCCGACAAACUGCUUGCACCUGAUCAAAAUGGCAACAGGCUGCUGCACAAGGCUGUUGCACAAGGAAGAAGAGCCCUGACUUAUGCGCUUGCACGGAGAUUUGCAUCCCUAAAUAAAAUUGACGAGAAGGACGCAGAGAAACGGACUGCAUUACAUCUUGCCGCAGAAAAGAACCAACACCUGAUGGUCAGUGACCUUAUAUCCCUGGGAGCUAAUGUCAACGAACAGGAUGGUCUGGGGAAAACUCCACUCCACCUGUGUGCAGAGAAUGGCUACUUGAGAGUUUUAGAGGUUUUGAAAAACUGCAAAGACAACGGCAUGCGGGUAGAAGUGAACCUGACUGACCACUAUGGUUUAACCCCGCUGCACUGUGCUGCUCUUGCGCACACCGUCUUAGCUCUGGAAUUGCAGAAAACUGACAUCAAUACUGACAUGGGAAGGUUUCUCAGACUACGCAAAGAUCAAAUUCUUGAGGGAAUUAACUGCUUGUUGCAAAUGGGAGGAAAACUGGAGAUGCAGGUACUAAAUUCGUGUCAGAUUACCACUCCCUAUUUAAAAAUUGAGGAGAAUGCUGAGCUGAUGUGUUUGCUCCAGACUUAUAAACCCAAGAGAGAGGAUCCUCUUCAAGAGAGUAACAGUUUACUGGAGGUUCCAAGAACACCUUGUCCCUCAUCACCAGACAACUUUUCUGAACUUCUUUCCAUUACAUCUUUGGACUUCAUUGACAUCGUUCUUAAAGGGAAAUGCUGAUAAGGCUCAUUAGUAUCUCGUGGUCCACAUGCUGCAGCUGUUGCUGAAGAAUAGACGAAGAACAGACAGUAAAAGUCUUCAGAUGUAUUAUAGCUUGAACUAACUGUUGAAAAUAUCUCCUCAGU